AUUUGAGUUGUAAAAAAAAAAAAAUCAUUAUUUAUUAUUAUCGUUCCCGCUUCAACGACUACAAAGGGAUGAGCUCCCUCUCCAAUCUCACCUCCUCCCCCGUUCCCAUUCCCAUUCCCAUUCCCACCACCUCUCCUCCUCGCCCCGUCGCGAUUCUCCCCGGUUUGGGGAACAACAGGGGCGACUACGGGGCGCUCGCCGCGGCGCUGCGGGAGAAGCACGGCGUCGCCGCCGCGGUCGUCGCCGAGGUCUCCCGCAUCGACUGGCUCCGCAACGCCGCGGGGCUCCUCGACCCCAACUACUGGAGCGGAACCCUGCGCCCCCGCCCCGUCCUCGAUUGGUACUUGGAGAGAGUCGACCGCGCCGUGGCGCACGCGAAGUCGCUCGCCUCCCCAGGUCAGGGUAUAUCAUUGAUAGGGCAUUCGGCAGGAGGAUGGCUUGCACGGGUCUACAUGGAAGAAUUUGGGUUCGACGGCAUAGCGUUGCUGCUCACUCUUGGAUCCCCACACUCGCCACCUCCAAAGAAUGUACCUGGAGUCAUAGAUCAAACUAGAGGUUUAUUGGAUUAUGUCGAAAAGAACUGUGCUCCAGCUGUUUAUACGCCGGAGCUACGAUACGUAUGCAUUGCCGGAAGGUACAUCCAAGGAGCUCGUUUGAUAGGGAACUCGAAAUCUGCUUCUGAGGAGACACUAGAAAUCGGCAAAGAUUCGGGUCAAGAUGAAUCCAUUGUGAACGGUAGAAACAAUAAGCCCGCGCCCACUGCGCCGACUUUACGUGCCCGAUUCGUCGGCCAAGGUUAUAAACAGGUUUGCGGGCGAGCAGAUGUGUGGGGAGACGGCGUCGUUCCAGAAAUGUCGGCGCAUCUAGAAGGCGCCCUCAACAUAAGCUUGGACGGCGUUUAUCAUUCGCCUGUCGGCUCCGAUGAUAACCUAAGGCCUUGGUACGGCUCUCCCUCAGUGCUGGAGAAAUGGGUGCAUCACCUUCUCACCUAGUUAGUUAUAUCCUCCCACCCCCCCC